AUGAAUGCAUUUGGAAGGACGCAUUCAGAGAUUGAAUUGCCCGGCUUGGACCGAUUUAUGAGCCAACAUCACCGCGUUUCUACCUUACCUGCCACAACUUGCUCGGCACAGAAUACGACAACUAUUUCCUGUGAUCCACUUUCCUAUCCGCAUCGUCUUGAUGAGAUGGACAAAUAUGGUCGCUCGGCAUCACGAGCACGUUCAUUGAAAGAUGAUCAAAUAAUUCAGACGGACCAGCCCCUGAUGUCUGAGGAUGCGGAUGACGAUGUGUAUCUGUCUGCAAAAUCCGAUGAUGGAGAAAAUUUUAUGGACGCAGGAGACUCCCUUCCGCACAAUGAUGCCAGUGACCUUGUCCAGUCAAUCAAAUCGAUGUACCGGGUCCUGGACUUGAUCAGUGAACAGGGGAGCGGUGGGCUAGUGGACAAAAUUAUCAUUGCGCAGGAUUCACUCCGGGCAUUCACCAAUACCAUUUGUCCUGGUGCAUAUGUCUCCAUGACGAACGUUGACUUUAGCGCGCUGGACGGUUUGUUCGUGAAGCCCAUCGGCAUCUAUGGGAGCAAAGAGGAAAUAGUGCGACUCUUGUCGUCUCUUGGUGUUGUCGAUGACCACGUGGUGGCCCAGCUUGUUGCGAACCACAGCGAGUCUAAUAUUUCAAAACCAAGUCUUCGCUCUGGACUUUACAUUGUCAGAACAAAAUUUGAAGCUACCUCCGAUGAACAACUAUUCAUUGUCUACUGGCCCGAGGAUGACACUUGGAAUGAUUCAGCCCCUUCAUCCGUGAAACGCACCCGUGUCACCUUCAUGCGGUACCUUACGACGAUAUGUGAUCAAGUUAUGGCACUCAUCUCCCCGGAGCAUGCCCGUUCCGUUGUAUGGAGUGGACAGGAAGACGAAGACACCAUGGAAAUGGACGAAAACCAAGACGAGUAUGACAGAAUGUUCACAUUUGAAGUUAGGAAAACCAACGAACAGGAAGAAGCCAUAAAGCCGCGUCCUGGAUUCAAGGCUACGUCCAGUUACAUAGCCAUGCCUCAGGCUCACCCGGAGAUGACAGUGGAUCUUGGACUGCAUAAGCCCCGGUUAUUGCAUGGCGAGACUAUUCAAGGGUUCAUGACAAACAGCUAUUUACCUGCCAGGCGGAUCACUGAUGAGUGGACGCGCAAGUCCAUUACCCGCCUCCAGUUAAGCAAUUGGCUGUGCAAUGACGGUCUGCGGGUCAAUGAGAACUUGGAUGCCAACGAAGUGCAUCUUUUACUGGACGCAGGUCUUCGGGAUCGCUUUCCGCAACUGUGCAACCAAUGGCAGCAGGAGUCGGCCGAUAUUUCAUCGAAUGUCAGGGCCUUCAACGCAUCGACAGAGGUCAGAACCAAGAGAAAGUUGGAGGAUGACUCACCCCUUCUCACUCCCAUUUUCCAUUGGGCAUUGGUUGACGCCAUUAUUCAGAAAUUUCCCACUUUUACCUAUGAUUCCUUCCCUUACCCUACCAAAAACAUGCAGGGCUUGCCCUGCAACUCAAGGUAUAUCUUCUGUCCAAUCAAUUCGUUUGAUAAUAACGCUCUGUCCAGAACCGGUCGAACCUGCUACUGCUCCUUCCUCCCAGAUCAAGUGACGGAUUGUCUAGAUCGACUUUCAACUAUCAUUGAGCUAUAUCCAGAAAUAGGGGAAGAGCUUCGUCACACGGUGCAAAAGCUGCGCAUUGAGAAGAUCAACGAUCGCGAUUUCGAGAGCUCCAAGGAACGAAUUUUUAUCGCUCAAAGCCUGCUUCGUCAAUCUCCUGAUACCAAGAUGAAAGAUGAAGAUUUUUUGAAUGUAAUUCUUCACAAGGAUAUGCGACACGUCAGGGAAUCUGUCAGGAUGAUAGGACGGAGUGCUUCCCCGCAUCAGCAGCCAAAGGGAUUGAUCAACACCGCUUGGAGUGGUAUUAAUUCCCUCAUCUCGUCUGGACAAGACUCCCAGUUCGUCGAUGAGAUAUUCAACAAUGCAGAGGCUGCUGCAUCUGCGAUCAGUGACACUCAAUUCCUUGCUGAGUUGAAUGACAUUGAAAAGCUACCUGUCAUGAAAAAAGUCGUCGCGGAUACUAGGGCUGCUGCCUUGGCGCACUUCAGAUCACUUCUGACGAUGCAAGCAACAAAUUUGACUCGUUUGGCGCUGGAUGUACAAAUCAGCAAAUGUGUUGCCCGUAUUCGCAGGGAAGCGGUCGGCAGUGAAGAACAACAACUGGCUGAAUUACGAAAGAAGUUCAUUGCUUCCUUCAAUGCCCAUUCGCAGAUGGGUUUUCAUUCGCACACCUCACUUAUCGAUGUCAUCGAGGAUGUACGAGGCUUAUUGUCUCUAGCAGCGUCUUCAGUGCAAAUAACUGGUUCAAGGGAAUAUUUCGAGCGGCCAAAGCUGAAAUUUACAGUCCACCCCAUGCAACUGACAACGCAGGAUUUACAUUCCUUACAGUUAGAUUCUAGCACGAUUCCUUCACCAAAGUUCAGAAACUUGUACUCGUUCAAGUUACCUCUUGGUUAUUCAGUGGUGAGAGCGCAAUUGCUUCCAGGCGAGAAGAUCUUGCUCGUGACGACUGAUCGGUUUGGAAGCUUGACGGUGUACCUGGAACACCUCACUGCUAUCGAGGGCGCCUUGGUUCACGGCGGCCGCGGGAAAAAGCUGAAUAGCGAUAAGAUUGGCGAAUUUGUUCUGGCUUUCGAUGAGUCGAAGUGUGUGCUCAGCGUUGUUGCCACAGAGAAACUCUUAUUACACAUCUUCGUCUAUGAUGAUAACCGUGUCGGUUUCCAAGCUAAUGGCAGUGCAAUCAACUUGACGCAAUGGUAUCCUGAAGGGACUUCUAUCGCUCAUGCAUGUUUCAUAUGCGGCGGGGAAGAGUUGCUGCUCGUUGAUACAUUGGCACAGGCCAGAGUUUACUCCUUGACGACCAUGCAAUUCAGGCCUGCGACGCUCAAUCUCAUCCAGAUUCCAACGGCAGUUUACUCGACUCCAGAUGGUUCUUGCUUAAUCACCGCUCACGUGCAUGGGUCUAACUUGAAACUAACCGCCUACCACUGGAGUACGUUCGGCUCAACGGAUGGCAUUCCGCUCGAGAUACCUGAUCUUCCAUUGGACCAGCCACUACUUUUGACAUCGCUGACUAACCGGAAUAUCGUGCAUUUGGUCACACUUGACAUCGACACUCGAUCGUGUCGAUCUAUUGCCCUUGACAUCACCCGGAAAGCGACAGAGUUCACCUUCAAAGAAAGGGGCACUCGAGGAGGGAAUGCAAAAUCAGCGAAUGUCGCUGCCUACAGCUCCCUCAUCGAUUGUCACGCUGAAGUAUGGACGCGCUUUCCGGUUCUUACUGCCAUCCAGCGCGAAACAAUCACGUCGUCCAGUAAGAGGAGUCAGCGAACGUUGGUGUUCAUCACAGAACAAGACCAUCAUAGAUUCGUACCGCACUUCCGCGAUCUUAUUUCAACCUUUGAAAGGACGUCAAAGAAGCCAACUGGAAAUCUUCUCAAGAGAAUUGAUGUCUCUUCAACGACAUACUCUGCUUUUCACAAUAGUCACCUUGGUGGUGCCGAGUGGAGCGUGUCGAAAUUCCGCGCUGGGGAGUGGCUGGCAGAGUUCCUCUGCCUCAUUCCUAUCCAGAUUGCCGUGACAAUGGAAAAUCGUUUCAUUCCGCUCAAGGACGGGGUGUAUUCCACUCAGCUGGAGAAGUCCCUUCUCGGCGCGGAUGUCAACCACAUUGUCGAUCACUUGUCCUUUGGUUGGUAUGAAUCUUUGUUCCAGUCAUACAUGGCCAAAAAGCCUGUCAAAGUCGUGUCAUCUAUGGGCGAACAAUCAGUGGGGAAAAGCUUUUCCUUGAACCAUCUCGUAGACACAUCUUUUGCUGGAUCAGCGAUGCGCACAACAGAAGGAGUGUGGAUGUCGGUGACUCCAACGAAAGAUGCUCUUGUAGUCGCUUUGGACUUUGAAGGUGUCCAUAGUAUUGAGCGUUCAACUCAAGAAGAUACUUUGCUCGUCCUUUUCAAUACUGCAAUCUCUAACUUGGUGCUAUUCCGGAAUAACUUCGCCUUGAGCCGCAAUAUUACAGGACUAUUCCAUUCAUUCCAAUCGAGUGCGACUGUCCUAGACCCAGCAGCCAACCCGAAUCUGUUUCAAUCAACAUUGGUGAUCAUCAUCAAGGACGUCGUGGAUUCAGAUAAAGCAGAUAUAACCAAAGAAUUCGCUCUCAAGUUUCAGAAGAUUGUCCAGGAUGAACAAGAGGCCAAUUUCAUUUCUCGCCUCCACGCUGGACAGUUGAAUAUAAUUCCAUGGCCGGUGAUUGAGUCGCAGGAAUUUUACAAGCUGUUCCCAGCCCUUAAGCGUCAAUUGGACAAACAGAAACUCACUCAUAAUACGGCGGGAGAGUUCCUUCAUGUAAUGAAGACUUUGAUGGCAAAACUGAAGGCAAAUGAUUGGGGCGCUCUCUCGCAAUCAAUGGCCUCGCAUCGAGCACAACUUCUUUCAGUUAUGUUGCACAACGCUCUGGCAUUUGGACUGCAAGAGGUUGAUCCUUGUCCGGAACCUUUGAAGAACCUGGAUGACGGUGUCCCAAUUGAUAUGCCUGAUACUGCUUCAGAAUUCUCAUUAGCGGAGGGGAAGCAGUCUUCUUCUCGCGAGGCCGCUCUGCACGUCCUGUCUCAUGCAUGGCAAGACUAUGAUUCUCGCCAACACAUGGCAGACGUUCUUUGGAUUGAGAAUUUGACCGCUCACAUCGACAACCUGAUCAAUUUGCGCGUUGCUCACGUUCGCGAGUGGAUAUCAAUGAAUGUCGCUCGCUUUCCAAGUGGGCAAGCAAGCAUUGGCGAGCUUAUCAGAACGUUCGGCAGUGCAACAAUAGACUUGAAGAGCAACUUGCAGUUGUGCAAGCUGAAAUGUGCAAGCUGCGAGCUACUCUGCGUUCAGAGCAGAUUGCACGAUGGACAGCACAAUUGCCAGACUUCUCAUGCUUGCAUACAUUCGUGCGAUUUCUGUGCGUUGUUUGGAGAGACCAAGGCUUGCACGAUGUCGUGUAUUGUGAAUGCGCAUCUCUGUGGUCAAGUUUGCAAACUCUUCGGGAGACAGGGAUGUCUAGAUGAGUGUACGAAGGUGAUCGGGCACGCAGAAGAUGAUCAUCUAUGUGCUGCUACUGUCCAUGCCUGCGGUCAGCCCUGUGAGCUGUCAAAAUUUAGGUUGGCUGACAGAUCAACUCCACCUUGCCGCGGUAUAUGUGGCACUCCAAUUGACGUGGACCAUGACCAACACCAGUGUGGUGCUCGACUUUGCUCUUUCCCCUGCCAACUUUGCAAGAGGCUCUGUGCGAGUGCGGACCAUCUUCACGGCUUGCAAGACAGCGCCAUUCAUCUCUGCGGGGAGGAACACCCGUGUCCCAUGCAGUGCAUUGCUGAUGGCAUCUGCGAAAUCGAGACUGCGCCACAAUCGAUCGAGGCAACGUUCACUGGAAAGCACGAAACAUUCCAGUAUACGAAGGUGGCGUGCUUGGCCAAACGACUGAGAUGUGCCAAGUCAAUACCACCAGGCCUGGUCGCCCAUGAAGGUCAGCACAACCAUAGUUUGGACCAAAGAGUGGUGCAUUUCUGCAGAGCGAAGUGUGAGCAUUGUGGCUACUAUUGUACAUUGCCGCUCGGUCACCCGCAACAAGAGCAUGAAACUAGACACGGAUCCAUGUCUUCGUCACGAUGGGCAAUCGAUGGCCCAGAUGGUACGGGUCUCGAGGUUGAAGGCCGUCGCUUCUCCUCCAACGAUGAAGGUGCACCGAUGAUGUGCAACAUUAUCUGCCAGACAUUGGGCAGACACGUACACAUUGACUACUGUCGAUCGCAGGAUGCUACCCCAUGCAUAUUGAACCCUGAAGCUCUGCAUAUCUCCAAGAGAGUGUUACCAACCCCGGAUCGUCCCAAAGACUUUUUGACGCACAAUCUCUUCUGGCGACGGAGUGGCUUCAAAGAUCCGUACUCCCGGGAGGAACAAGCGAACUUUGCAAAGUGUGACGCCAUGUGCAGCGGUCCUGAACACACAGCUACAGAGGGAAAUGCCGCUCAGCCCUCUUUUUGUACUUUGCCUCUCUUCCACGUUGCAAUGGAUCCAAACACCCCCCUAGCGAGACUCGGAUACGUCUCCAAUGAUGGGCAUCAUUUCUCUUGUAGGAAUCCUGUUGUGAUGCAGCAAGCGUUUCACGUUGAUAGAUCUGGCUCCAUGCGUUUGACGGACCGACAACCUCUCAGGAAUACCCCCGCCUCGGACAAAAUUAUUCAAAGCUCUAACAAUAGGUUUGGCGCUGUUCUGUCGUCCUUGUAUAGCUUUUGGUCUGCCCGAGCUGCAGUAGUCGCUGGUUCCCAAGCAGUCAGACGAGACUCCUACAGUGUUAUCCUGUUUGAUCAGUCUGUUGUGGACGCCGUGGUGAACGAUUUCUCCAGCUCGCCUGACAACCUACUAGACGCUGUGUUACGUUAUCGAACUUCGGCAGGCACAAACUUCACUGCUGCCAUUCAACGUGCCCAAUCAGUUAUGGAGCAACACUGGAGCACAGAGAGAACGCCUGUAAUUAUAUUCCUGUCCGACGGCGAGAGCCCUAUUGAGAACCAAACUGUUCAAGAUUUGUGCCGCGCUGCAGUCCGUCUUGGAAAGGCAUUAUCCCUCCAUUCCGUAUCUUUUGGCCGAGAUAAAUAUUCUUCGUCUUUGAGAAGAAUGUUUCAGAUCGCUCUAGAAACCCAGAACAACGCCCCGCGAAACCCCUUAGCUUCCGCGGCAUCUACUGUUGCGUCCACAUACUCAGAAGCUUUAGAUACGGUUCAACUCGCUGAAACAUUCCUUGGAAUUGCUGAUUCACUCACAAAACCAAGAGGGUUUCUCAUUAGCAACAAAGACACGUAAAAUGUGGGAAGGAAUACAAAAAUGAUGUUUAAACGUUGUGUUUAGAUGUCUUGGCUAGAUGACUCAGUGUUCAACAAUACUGCCAGCGGGUGUGAAGUUGUAUUACCACUAUAGAAAUUAGCAUUUAAUACUAAGUAAGUGCAUAAGAACAUUCAAACACCAGCCGUCAGGG